AUGCAAACACUUGCACUUAACACUCUCUCCCUCACACUCUUUGUUUUGUUCCUCUUGUUCUCGUCUCCACCAAGCGCCGCCGCCGCCGCCGGUCCAGCGCGCGAUCUGCUCCAUUCAUCGUGCGCCCAGGCCAGGUACCCCACGCUCUGCGUCCAAACCCUCACCAACUACGCAAACCCCGCCGCGAAGCCGGUGGACCUGGCUCAAGCCGCCGUCAAGGUUAGCUUGGCUCGCUCUCGCACCCUCUCCGUUUACCUGAACACGCUGAAUUCACAGACGACAUCGUCGGGUUUAAGCAAGAGGCAGCGAGUUGCGGUGAGUGACUGCGUGGCUCAGAUUGCGGACUCUGUGGCUGAGUUAAGCAAGACCUUGAACGAGUUACAGCACCUGCACGUGGCCACGUUCCAGUGGCAGAUGAGCAACGCCCAGACAUGGGCCAGCGCAGCCUUGACCGACGGCGAGACCUGCGUCGACGGCUUCGACGACGGGAAGCUCAAGUUGGAAGUGAAACGUAGGGUCACUGACGUAGGCAUGGUCACAAGUAACGCUCUGUACCUUAUCAAUCGCCUCGGUGAUAGCAAGAGUUGGAAGCUCCGCACCAAUUUCAAUAACUGA